AUGGGCCCCCAGCCUCUCCCUCGUGUGCAGUUCGAAGCCUUCUGCGCAGGAGGCCUGGUCCCCGGCUGGAGCCUGCUGGUCCAGGGGUGCUCCGACUCCGAAGAGGACAAGUUUGAGAUCAACUUCCUGUCUGACGGGGGGGACGUCGCGUUCCAUGUGAAGCCCCGCUUCUCCAGCGCCACCAUAGUGGGCAACGCCUUCCAAGGGGGCCGCUGGGGCCAGGAGGAGGUUUCCAGCAUCUUCCCGCUGGCGCUGGGGGAGCCCUUUGAGAUCGAGGUCAGCUCGGACGCGGAGCACUUCCACGUGCUUGCCCAGCAGCACCGGGUGCUGCAGUUUGCGCACCGCCAGAGGCCCCUGGCGGCCGUGACCCGGGUGCGGGUGCUGGGCGACCGGCGCCUGGCCCAGGUGGAGCUCGCCAGGAGGGGCCUGAGCUGGGGGUGA